CUUAAGUACGGUGCUUGUGUAAACGUACUUAGUUACUCUUCUACUGCCGAUCCCUUUCCAGACUGUGAAAAUUUCACGCCCUGCAGAUGCAGCAGUCGGCAAUGGGUCUCUGUGCUUUGCCCGGUUGUCAAUAAGCAGUCUUAUUUUGAAAGUCCUCCCCGGACGUCAUGUUUUUGAUUGUGGCUAAAUUAGCAUUUGUGCUACCGCUGCUUUUACAAGCUCACUUGCACGGACGCGCCAUUUCGGAAUAAGACGUCUGUCGACAUUUUUAGCAGCAGAAAUAAUUAAAACCCGACAAAAAAAAUUGCACGCAGAAACUUCUGAGACGAGAAUAUAACGUUAUAUACGUUAAAUAAUUUUUUCUGCGGGAGGGCAACUUGGAUACGAAAUUGUAUUAUCUACUUAGCUAACUGUUAGCUUUGUGACGUUGUUAGCAAAAAAAAAAAAAACUUAGCCGCAGAGGAAUUUCACAGCCUGUUUAUGUUUUCGCAACUCCAGAGAAAUGUUGGACGGAUCUCCGGCUCACAGCGAUGAAGCCAACAUCGGCAACGUCGAAAACAACAAUCCGGUAACGCUGAUUUCCAGCAACGACGGGGUGAACACGGGCAACAAAGCGAGGCAGGCGCUGCUGAAGAAAGGAGGGAGGAAGCUGCGGUCGACAGCGCCGCUGCAGCACCAGAAACCUCCGAGGAACAGUCCCAACGUCCGCCUGUCCGACCACAACAACAACAGCCCUCUGACGGCCUCUUCUGCUAACAGACCCGCGGCUCAGCCCGGUACCGAGCUCCCUGCCGGCACGCAAACCUCACUGACCCUUCAUCAUCUCAAACAGGGACCCAGGAAAGAGCUGCUGAAAUCCAAAAGUGGCAGAUUGGACCGAGGGGCCCUGCAGCCAGGAGGCCAAACUGCCCGCAACCUUCCCAGACACGAUCAAAUGACCCAAAAUGUGAAUACCCGGAGCCACAAGCCCAAGCAGGACCAAACUCCCGGUGCCUCUCAAAACACAAAGAAAAAAGAUCACGGCAGCCCCAAUAAGCCCCCCUCUCUCCACCAGACUCCAUCCCGAGGGCAGAAAAAACCUCUCCAUGCCUCCAACAACGUGAAGAUUAUGACCCCACCGCCUGCUGAAACUGUGCCCGAAUACCUCAAAGACGGUGAGAAAGUCUAUGCUGGAGCUAAGUUCAGUGAGCCACCCUCACCCAGUGUCUUACCGAAACCGCCCAGUCACUGGGUCGGAGAAUACAAGCCUCAACAUAGCAACCACAGCCGAGAGCAAAUGACGGUUCAUUUAAAGUCGCUGCUGAAGGUUCAAGAUACAGCAUGACCGUGCCUGGAUUUUCAAAUUGGAACAGACCUAGCCGAUAUCUGAUUAACAGUUAACGCCAACAGUAAAUGGAGUUUGGCCUUUGACGCACUGCAAUAGAAUGUAGGGAGUUUUUAUCAACUUUAGUACAGUUUCCCAUUAGCCAACACGCUGCCUGCAUUUGUGAACAUUUUGGAGACGUCGUGCUGUUGCUGGAGAUCUGACUGACGUGCUGCGUAUGUCGGGUGUUUAUCAAGUAUUUUCUGCCUUUUUGUUAGUGGAGAAAAGUUUUCAAGAAGUAAAAGAGAGUGAGUGCAGAAAGAGUCUGAGGCCGUCUCCAGCAGCAACACGAUCAGUGUCUGGUGUUUACAUUAUGCAAAAUGAUUAUGGCACUUUCUUUGUGAACACUUUUGCAGAGGCAGCCUUGUGUUAAUUGACUUUUUAAAGAGCUUGUGUAAAUGUACAUAAUAUAUUGUAAACAUAUAUUUGUGUAUAUUUUUCCUUGUUAUUUUAACUGAGAUUCUAGUUUUGUUACUGAGGUUUUUUCCAAAAAAAAGAAAAAAAAAAAAAAAGAAAAAAGUCCCC